AGAAGUAGCAACGAAGCAUAAUAAUGAGAAUGAAGAUUUAUCAUUGUGCACACAAAUGCAAAAUCUUACCCUAGAAAGUGAUAUAACCAUCACGCAUACUAAAAUAAAUACAUCUCAGACUGACAUAAAGACUUUACAAAGUUAUAAAACCAUCAUACAAAGUGAUAUAAAUCAUUUGCAAAUUAACACAAACAACCCACAAAGUGAUUCAAACAUUUGUAUAAUAACACGAGUUUCUGUCUCUGACUUUGAACGCGAGAUUCUGCAACAGUUAGAGCACGUAGAUAACCUCGACAAAAAUAUUUUGAAAGGUUUCAUUCCUCUAAUGGUUGAAAGCCUCCUCGGUGACAGUUUGUCCCGGAGUAAACUUAUCACUUUAUCCCAGCGUUCACACACAAACAUUAACAUGACAGAAGAUUCAAUUGGAGUAGAAUUUAUUGAUUCACAGAUGUAUCUUCAACUGACAAUAUUACCAAAUACUGAGGGGACAUGUUUCGUUCCAAUCACAAUUUCAAUGUACAGAGUAAUUGGUCAUGUUCCCUUAGAUUUAUUCAAACUUAAUUUUUAUAUUAAAGUUGAUAAACCCUCACAGUUUAAAGAAAAACAAGGAGUGGGCAGUGUUACUCUUGCAUCGGCAAUAAAUGAUGGUGAUUAUAACUUAAUAAAGAUAGCAGUUGCAAGUCUAAAUAAUGUGAAUGAUCAAACACCAGACGGCAUCACACCAUUGAUGUACGCAGCUUAUAGAGGCAACACAUUUUGUCUGGAGCUGCUUUUAGCUGAGGGAGCUAAACCAGACCUCGCAGACAGACAAGGCACCACCGCCUUAAUGUUUGCUGUCCUCGCCAACUCCCCUGAAUCUGUACACGUCCUACUGAACCGUGGUGCCACCUUUAACGUAAUGGACGACAAGAAAAACACGGCAUUCAGGAUUGCUGUGUUAAAAGGAUUCCACGACUGCGUGAAAUUAUUAAAUUCUGCGUCAGAAAAUGGAAAACUUAGAAACGAACGUGAAAACUGGAGCUCGGAUUUAGUACUUGCGGUUGAAGACAACCAUACGGAAUGUGUACUGAACAUUCUAGAAGCUGGUUUUAAACCUGAUGCACAGGACCAGCAUGGCAAGACGCCAUUAGUCAGCGCCAUAUUGUCUGAAAACAAGGAAAUCUUUGACAUUCUCAUCAGUAAAGGUGCAAACGUGAACCUUCCUGCUGUAGACAAUGUAAGUCCUCUAAUGGCCGCAGCUUGGAUAGAAAAUGUAUACUUUCUUGUAAGACUUAUUGAGAUGAAAGCGGAUCUGGAUAGGCAAGAUGUGAAGGGGUGUACAGCGUUAAUGUUUGCCUGCGAGAAAGGGAACAUUGAGUGUGUGAAAAAACUUGUAGAACAUGGCGCGGAUAUAGAGAAACGAACAAAGUAUGGAGAAACAGCUUUAACUGUUGCUAUUUCAAAUGGAUACUUAGAAUGUGUAAAAUUAAUAGAAGAGCAACAUCGAAAAGUAAUAUCGCCUCCAGAUGAUGCAAAAGCCUUAAGUGAAAAAAUCCUGUGCGCGACAUGGAAUGGGGACGAAAGUAUGCUUGAAAAAUAUUUAAAAGAGGGCGUAUCUCCUGACGACAAAAAUAAAGCUGUACUUAUUGCUGCAGCUAAGGGAAAAUUAAACAUAGUUAAAACUUUGGUAAAAAAUGGCGCUAAUGUGAACGUAUGUGACGUAUACGGAGUAACACCCGUGAUGGAGUGUGUAAUGGGGAACCACACUGAUUGUCUGAAGGAGUUAGUGAAACAAAAGGCUAACCUUGACCAUCAAAACAUCAACGGCGUUACAGCGUUAAUGUUGGCAGCCGUUAACGGACACGAUGAAUGUUUAACUAUUUUAAUUCAACACAAAUCGAAACUACAAUCAAUUAACCAACAAGAUGAUGACGGUGUUACUGCCAUGAUGCAUGCGACAAAAAACAACCACUUUCAAUGCGUAGAACUUCUAUUGAAAGCUGGAGCAUCUCCCGAUCGAAGGGACACAAAUAAAAACACCGCAUUAAUGUAUGCUGCUGAAAGGGACUAUGGGGACGACAUAAAAGCUAUGAUCAAAGCUGGCGACGAAAAAGGCGUUGUGCAGUGGUGCAGAAAGAAGCACGAUUGUGUAGACCAAACAGACAAACUGGGUAACACUCCGCUGAUGUGGGCCGCGAGGGCAGGUCAAGAUAAAAUUGUCAAGAUUUUAAUAGACCAUUCAGCUGAUGUUAAGCUGGCCAACAACAAAGGCAUCACAGCGAUCAUGUUUGCGCUUUUCUUCUCUCACAAAAAGUGCCUGGAUGUUUUGCUUAAACAAGCAAGCGACCAACUAGACAGGGUGAGCCAGCAUUGCGGCACUGCUCUGAUGGUGGCUGUUUGGAAGGGAGACUGGGAUUGUAUGCAGAUGUUGUUGAGGGCGGGGGCUGGUGGGAACAUAUCGAGGGGAGACGGAGCAAGCUGUCUCAUGUUCGCUGUGUUAAGAAACAAUCUCCAAGCUGUGAAAGAGAUUAUCGUGCGCGGUGUUUACUCCGACCAAGCUUACAAAAACGGGUUGACACCUCUAAUGCUGGCUUCUGCUAGAGGUUAUGAUGAUAUUUUGUGGGCGCUAAUGAAAAAUGGAGGCGCGGAAGCGCGAUUGACUGAUGACGAUAAACGUAACGCGUUAAUGUAUGCAUCAAGGGCAGGUCACGUGACUUGUGUUAAACACCUCAUCAAAGCCGGGUCAAAGGUUAAUGACCAGGACAAGUUCGGCCUAACGGCUUUGAUGUUUGCCGUCUACGAGGGACACGACAAAGUGGUGCAGGAACUGAUGACAAAAAACCCCGACUUAGAAACAAGAAACGAAGACGGUGCCACUGCCUUGAUCAUUGCCGCUGUGAGAGGUCACGUGAAGAGUCUGGAACUUCUCGUCAACAACGGAGCCGAUCUAAACGCACGUGAUAAACUAGGUCAGACAGCGCUGAUGUACAGCGCCAUAUACGGGAGACUGAAAUGUGUUGAGCUACUCACUCGAUUAGGAGCGGAUACAGAUCUGAAAAAUUGUUCAGAGGAAACUGCUUUAAUGCUGGCUCUACGUUUUGGAAAAGUCGACUGCGCGUUAAGUCUUAUAGAAACAGCAGGUGCUGAUGUUAACUUGCCUGACAAAAAUGGAACGACUCCUUUGAUUGAAACCGCAGCUUCGAACAACGUCGAAUGUCUGAUAGCGUUGAUAAAAAAUGAAGCGGAAGUGAAUGGGUGUGAUUUACAAGGUUAUACCGCGUUAAUGGAGGCGUCGGUUUUCGGGUAUACGCAGUGUGUUCAGGUGUUGGCUCCGUGCAGUGACGUGAAUAAAAGAAACGGGAGUCACGUGACAGCACUGAUGCUGGCGAGUGUUUACAACCGGGGCGACUGCGUGACGUGUCUACUGGCGAACAAAGCUGAGGUGGACGCCACGGACCAAGAUGGCGCCACCAGUCUUAUGCUAGCCUCGGGUCAAGGUCAUCUAGACAGUGUGGAGAGGUUGCAAAAAGCCGGGGCGGAUGUCGAAGUGGAGGAUGGUGAUGGCGUCACGGCUCUGAUGAGGGCGUCGAUGCAUGGGUACAGUCACGUGGUACGGUAUCUGUUAACAUCAGGGGCCGCGCCCAACCGCAAAAACGCACACGGGGUAUCCGCGCUCACCUACGCUCAAGCUUACAACCACGAAGAGUGCCUACGACUGCUCACAUUGGCCAGUCAGACCAAGUCACAAAAAUCCGCUGCCGUCUCCACGCUGAUAUCGUGUGCCGGCCAAGGAGACGAGAAAUCGCUGAAGGAUUGUUUAAACACCGUUGAUGUCAACUGGUGCAACGAGCUUGGAGAAACAGCUUUGAUGCAUGCGGCGGUCGCAGGCUCGGUCCAAUGCCUGGAUUUGUUAAUACAAGCAGGCGCUAGCGUGAACCAGGCGAAUCUUGACGGGCAGACAGCUUUGUUUAUGGCGAAUAUAAAAAACAACACACGGUGCAUUGAGUUGCUUUUACAACACGGAGCUGACGUCAACGUUCAAGACACGUUUGGAGUCACGGUACUCAUGGACGCAGCGGGAAAUGGAAAUUUUGAAUGUCUUAAGAUGCUAAUGAAGCGAGAUUUGAACAUAGACAGGAGAGAUCAUGACGGGUAUACGGCUUUAAUGCGAGCUGCGAGGGUAGGGGCCGCCCAGUGUGUGGAAGAGUUGCUGAAGAGUGGAGCUGAUUGCACGCUAUGUGUGACGUCACCAAUGGUCCUGAGGUAUAGCCACUAUCUCCUGAUGGACCGUGCGGCGGUGAAGACGACUGGUCAGCUCCCUGACCCCCUGCUCGAGCCCUUCACCCGCUUUUUGCUGGAGGCCGUGGACCUGGGUGUCACCAGCGUCGUGGUUCAAAUCCUCGCCUGCAACCUUAAAGACUGCAUCUACUAA